AUGAGCUCCUCCACGGUCGAGGAAUUUGUCGAGCUGCUCAACGCAGAGCAGCAUGUCGACCUGCAAAAGCUGCGCGAUCUCGCUCGUCACGGAGUACAGCCAUCGGUGCGCGGCGAGGUGUGGCUCUACCUUCUCGGCGUUCUCAGCGACGACAAGGGACAAGAGAUGACCUCGGUUCGAAGCAAAUACCUCGCGUACGAGGCGCUCGACAAGCACAACCCGGCGCUCGAGAAACGCGUUCGAAGCGAAUGCCAACGGUACUACGCCAAACGAUUGGGUACAAGACCUCCUCCAGGGAGGACGCUGAUGAGGAGCUCGAGAAGUGUGCUCUCGCGACCACCUGGUGGGUUUUCUGCAACAGGACUGGCGACGAGUGCGUCCAACAGCAGCAAACUAAUGGGACGAGAGUAUACGAUGGAUGGCUCGGUCUCGACGCAAAGUUUGACGGGUUCGUCGAUCGAUGGCAGUGUGGUAUCGGGAUCGAAUGGAGCAGCGUUGGCAACAACCAUGCUGAACGGGAUCGAUAGGGGUCCAAAUCGGGUCAACGAUGGUAGGAUUCGAGCCCUAGGCGGCAUUAUUGGAGAGAGCGGUGUCUCGGCUGCUAUGGAUGCGGACGAUCCGGAUGCAGCUGCAGCGUUCGAGCUGAAACGGUUUGGCCACAACGUGGAAAACAUCAUCUGCGCUUUCAUGAACCGAUGCUCUGCGGCAGAGAAAGCAAGAAAACAGACGGUACAGGAAGCAAGUGACACAGGACAUGCAAAGAGCACGGAGACAUUCGGCACCGCUUCGUCAACUGCUCAGACGGUUGAUUCGAGGCAAUCAGACGGCGGAAGAGGUCGUGCGCAAGCGGGGAAGGAUACUGAAGAUGACUUGUUCGGAUCCACUAGGCCUGCAGAUAGCGGCAACGGAAAUGGCACCUUCAAAUACGUCGACGAUCCAGGAACAAGACGCCAUGCGCAUGGUAGCGGCACAAGCUCACGGUCUCGUUCACGAGCGGGAUCCAUCAGCAGCGCGAGCAACAGCGGUGUCACCACCUCGAGCUUGCCACCCGGACGAAGCAACGCGAGCGUGGAAGAGGCAGUACGAUCGCGCAUGCCGCGCGAGUACGAGUGGCAACCACAAGUGCACGACAGCAACUCUGGCUCUCGCGGAACAUGCGCCGAGUUCCACCCUGCGCUGGUGUACCUCUGCGCACCGUUUGUGCAAUGCGUGCGCGUGGAAGCGGGUAUGUACUUCGCGUUUGAAAAGCUCAUGACGCUCAUGGCACGACACAGUGCACGCCAUCCGCUACCGCGACAAGUCGCGACGUUCCUCACGCUCUUCCGUACGACGCUGCCCGAACUUCAUUCGUACUUUGAAGAGGAAGAGGUCGACAUUAUCGGAUUCGCGACCAAUUGGCUGCAGCAUCUUCUGGCAGGGGAACUGCGGAUUGAGGAUCUCAUGCGGUUGUGGGAUACGUACUUUGCGUUACCGGACUUCAUGGAUCUGCAUCUGUACGUGUGCAUUGCGAUUCUGACCAACUGCAAGGAUUCGCUGGAGGAGCUGGACAGGUCAGAGACGAGGAGCAUGCUGGAUAGUCUGCCGCCGUUGGACGUGGAUAGGAUCAUCAACGAGGCGAUCAACAUCAGGUUGAGUCACCAGCGAUCACAGCGGACGGACGAUGGGUAA